CAGCGCCGCCCCCAUGAGGUCCCCAGUGUGGACGGUCGCCUGCCCGAGCAGCAGCAGCAGCGUGUGCCGGUGUCGGUGUCAGUUGUCGUCAGUGAUGGGACGGGCCGGUGUCGGGGCCGGCGGCUGCGGCAUGUCCUGAGGUCCUUCCGUUUGUGCAGUGAAAGUGGCAAGGCGCUGUGCCCGAGGGAAGAAAGGCAUGUUGCAGCUCUGAAAUUUCCAGAGGACUUGAUGCCAAGGCAGAUUUGAAAGAAGAUAACAGGCAGUACUCCAGUAAACAGGAGGCAUGGCUGAUGCAGUGCUGAUUACCUCAGUGAUCGACAAUGCCUAUUUGUCAAAUUCUGGAGCACAAGCUGGUAACAGAAUGAAGAAUUGCAGCGAUGAGCUCGAAGAAUACUGUCCCAGCUCUGGGGUCUUUCAGUCCGCAGCAGCUACUGGAAAGGAGUCGAUUCUGAACAGAAAGCGACCGUUUGUCGGACGGUGCUGCCACGUCUGCUCUCCCUUAAGCAGGGAUAAACUUUUCAAUACCAGCAUCCCUUCCCAAGGACUACGGAAUGUUAUUUAUAUUAAUGAAACUCACACCAGAUACCGAGGUUGGUUGGCACGACGCCUCUGCUACGUCCUAUUCAUUCAGGAAAGAGAUGUGCAUCGUGAUAUGUUUCCAAGGAAUGUGAUUGAGAAUGUUUUAAACAGCACCAGAGUGCAAAAGGCCAUUGUGGAAACUGUGACUGAUCGAAUGCCCGUGGAAACUCUUGCCCAGCCAGAGCCCAAAGCUGUGAAUAAAGUAAAGCGAAAAGCUAGAGGGAUCCUUCAGCAAAUGGUGGCAAACAUCUCGCCAGCUGUGAUCAGACUAACAGGUUGGGUGCUGCUGAAACUGUUCAAUGGCUUCUUUUGGAGCAUACAGAUUCACAAAGGACAGCUUGAGAUGGUUAAGAAAGCUGCUGCAGAGCAGAAUGUUCCUCUGAUCUUUCUACCGGUUCACAAAUCUCACAUUGACUACUUGCUGCUUACUUUCAUUCUCUUCUGUCACAACAUCAAAGCACCGCAUAUUGCCGCUGGAAAUAAUUUAAAUAUUCCCAUUUUCAGCACACUCAUAAGAAAACUUGGUGGCUUCUUCAUUCGAAGGAAAUUGGAUAUUGGUGCAGAUGGACGGAAGGAUAUCCUGUAUAGAUCUGUGCUGCGUGUGUACAUUGAGGAACUUCUGCGGCAGCGGCAGUUUAUGGAGAUAUUUGUGGAAGGCACGCGGUCUCGUAGUGGUAAACCAUAUAUGGCCAUGACCGGACUUCUCUCUAUUGUGGUCGAUAGCCUCUGUGAGAAUAUCGUUACUGAUGUCAUGAUUAUUCCAGUGGGAAUCUCCUAUGACCGGAUCAUUGAAGGCAAUUACAACAGUGAACAGCUGGGGAAGCCCAAAAAAAAAGAGAGCCUUUGGGGUGUUGCACAAGGAGUCUUCAGAAUGCUUCGCAAGAACUUUGGCUGUGUCCGAGUAGACUUUGGGCAACCAUUUUCUGUUAGGGAAUACAUUGAUACUCAGCGGAAUCGUCCAUUGCCUGCAACCCUAUCCCUGGAAGAAAAUCUUCUUCCGACCAUUAUCACUGAAAGACCAGGCCUUAACCAUAUUGAGCAAGAUCUUGCACCUGUUGUAAUCUCCAGAGAUUUAUUUGAUGAACAAUACCGGCGGCAGCUGAUCUCCAAUGUAGCCAAACAUGCUCUAUUCACUGCCAGUAGAUGUUCUGCUGUGAUGUCCACUCACAUUGUUGCGUGUUUGCUUCUCUACCGGCACCGAGAGGGUGUCCACUUAUCAAAAUUAGUGGAAGAUUUUUUCUGUAUGAAAGAGGUAGUCCUGGCUCGGGAUUUUGAUCUGGGAUUUUCUGGAAAUUCUGAAGACGUCGUAAUGCAUGCCCUUCAUUUACUGGGAGACUGUGUUAAUGUCAGAAGCUCCCGACGAAACAGUGAGUUCUUUAUUGCACCAACCACGACGAUUCCAGCCCUGUUUGAGCUGAAUUUCUACAGCAACGGCAUUUUUCAGGUUUUUCUCACCGAAGCAAUACUGGCCUCUUCCCUCUGUGCUGUACUAAGGGAGAAUAUUUCAGGACCUGGCAAAAUGGACCCAACAGUCAGCCAGGAAAGGCUUGUUCGUACAGCAGCUGAUCUGUGUCACCUCCUUUCCAAUGAGGUGAUUGUAGGAUUGCCCUGCCAGGCAAUAUACCAAGUUUUCAAUGACGCUGUGAGCAAGUUCAUUCAGUACGGCAUCCUGUUGGUGGCAGAGGAGGACCUGAGCCCCAGUCCCACAGAGGAGACGUGGGCGAAUAAGUACCCAGAUGGUCUGUCAUGGAGAAGUGAUGAAGAAGAUGACAGUGACUAUGGGGAAGAGCAGCGCGAUCGUUACCUAAAGGUGAGCCAGUCGCCAGAUCACCAGGCGUUCAUCACUUUCUUGCAAAGAUUAUUGGGCCCUUUAUUGGAAGCUUACUUUUCAGCCGCUGUUUAUAUUCAAAGCUUCAGACUUCCAGUUGAAGAAACUGAAUACAUCAGCAAGUUUCACAAAUAUCUUUUAUCCCGAACCGAAAUGAAAAUAGCAGUAUUUGGGGAGAGUGCAACCUUCUGUCUUGCAAAAAGUGCGGUGAAAACUCUUAAGGACCUUGGGGUUUUUAAAGCACGGAAGAGUGGGAGCACGGUUUUGGAACUGAGCAACAUCUUUCUACCUCUCAUCAAUCGACAAAAGCUGCUGGAGUACAUUCAUAAUUUUACUGUGUUGUAGAAAAUACUGGACAGGGUAUGAUCAUUUAUUGACAUGGAUUAAUGAACCCGUUUGAAUUAAUUAUUUGACAUUUAAAAAAUGAAAUGAAUAUUUUACUUGCUGCAUUCUCUAAUUUGAUUUGUUUCACUGUUUUAGUGAAAUAUAUAUAUGGCUGACUUGGUUUGGCUGCUUUCCCUCAAAGUAAUUUAACUGGUGUAUCAUUCCACACAUUGUCAUCUUCUGUGUGUUUUGAUGCAGACUUGUGGAAGGGUAAGCCACCAAAAGCUGAUUGCCAUCAUUAGUGCUGGCUUAUUGAUGACACUGACAUUUGAUGAUAAGAUGUGAAAACUACAGACGCUUGUCUCACCUGUAGUGCUUAUGUGUUUUGUGCUUGUUUAACUUGAAGUGGCUACUUGGUUCCCGACUGGCUGUGAACAUACGCCAUGAACUAGAGUGUCAAAUCCAGUGAUAAUGACAGGGGUAUCAAGUUAUCUUGGGUUCUUGGUGCACUGGAGAGACUUGUUUCAAUGCAGGAAAGUGGUACGCUAAAAGAGAUUUUGAUAGACUAAACGUAACUAAUCAGACAUUGUGAGAUCUGUGUCGUUCGGGUGUGGAUUUUCACCCCCACAAAACUAUUAUUUUGGUUAUGUGCCAUCUUCCUGAUUUAAUUAUUGUACCUUAAAUGGAAUAAUUGAUUUGUAAUCAGGAGGGUAUCUAUACGCUUGGAUGCGGGCUUUAUAAGCAGGCUUUGCCUAGACCAAUGUUUAACACCAUGCACAAUCAAUGGCUGAGCAGCAGCCAUAAGUAUUUGGAGGAUUGUUGCCUCUUUGAAAAGAUUUGUCACCUUCAGGAAUACAUGGCUCUCAUUCUCCUCCCUCUAUCCCAGCCCGCCCUACCGCACCACAUUAGUUGCAGUCAUUCAAACUCCGGAAAGAUAAUCUCUGUAAAGGUUUUUUUUACCCGCCAUGUUGCAGACACCUACCCUAUGAUGAUUUGUUGGUGUUGGAGAGCGUGCGAUUGGGCCUCUGGUUAUUGCCAGUACUGUAUGAACCAACUAAACAACUGUGCCUGGAAGCUGUGAGUUCGUUUGCCUCCCCAGCAAGGAGUUAUAUAGGAGUAAUACAAGCUCUUUCUAUACAUCCCUUCAGUCUGCGAUCUCUCCCUCUGCUCUCUCUCUUUCAGCCUCUCUCCUCUACUGAACUGCUUUGUAAAUCAGAAUAGCUGACCCACACUCUUGCAUUGAUGACUAAUUACGUUGCCAUUUAUUCAAUCUGUCUCUUUCUGGGUCUUAAAGAUUACCAUAGGUUUACUGAAAAAUAAAUUUACUGCCAUAUUUAGCAACCAAAUAAUUUAUUUCUUCCAUAUAUUUUCCAGAAGGUCUUAUGGUUUCAAUACACAUUGAUUUCACCUUAGCAAUAAGGUAACCCUUUCAAAAAUUAUAUGCAUCUUGUGGCAAGUGGUGUGCUGUGAGAACACUUGUGUAUGCCUUCCAACUUAAACACUGUCAAAUGCAAAUCCAGCCUUGACAGGUAUUGAAGCUAACCUGACACUUCUCCCAAACGGCUUUCAAAUUAGCCACCGUACAAUAACAAAAUAAUGUUGUUGCAUUGGAGGAAAUAUAUAGUGGGUAAACCAUCCCUAGUGUGUAGAUGGGCAUCACAGAUCAACUUCAUACCUGUGAAGCGUGCGGUAGUAUUACCACCAUUUGUGUACAAAAUACUGGAAAUGCUGGACUGGCUUUUAAUUUUGUUUUAUCUCACAGUGCAAGGACAAGGUCCAGGUCAGCUCAUCAUUUCACUGAUUUCACACAUUAAUCCCUCUAUCUGGAUUAAAAAUUCAUAAACACAACAUUUAGUCUCCACAAUGGGAGACUUACCUCUUUAUAGAUUUUGCGCCCAGAAUGCCAACAGCUCUCAGUAAGAGAAGGUCACUUAUCUAAGCUGCAACUCCACCCUGAAUAUUUACAGCAAACGGACAUUAAAUCUCAAUGGUGUAUUACCUAAUGCUUUAGAAACUUAAGGAAACAUCAGCUUCCUUUAUUAAGGCUGACAUUAAGAUACUACCAUGUUGCUGUGAAAUCUGUAAAUACCCAUGAUGCAUCAACAUACUUUGUUUAAUAAUGCAUCUAUUUAUUCAAUGCCUCAGCUGCACCCUCCCUCCACCCCCACCCCCAAGUGAGUUAAUGCAAAUUUAAGCUGCUUGUCGUGAAGGUGGAUUUCCAGCAAGAUGCCGUAAUGGCUAAUCAGAUCACAGUGGUCAUCAUCUAUGUGUUACACCAAAGAGUCCUCCCAUGUUAAAGCGACUGUAUUUUAAUGUGCAUUUGUUCUUUUUUUAAAAUUCUAAACCUGAAUGUCUCGCUUCUAACGUACACUAAUAUAUGUAAAACGACAAUGUCACAUGCUGCAUUAUUUGAUAUUUUGGUUCUAUGACUGCUGAACUUGUUAAUGACCCUUCUGCCUUAUGAGGUCGGAUCAUGACGUGGAAGGGAUGGUCAUGUGGAGAGUAAUUUUGAUGAGGAAAAAGGGUUGAAAGAGAAAAAAAACAUACAUUGCAGAAUAAAAACAGAAACUUUAUCUUGUAAUUUCUCUUGUAAUCUUGCUCAGCCAUGUCAAUUGUUUUAUUCUAUAUUUAUGUUUUCUUUUGACUUGUUUCAGGAUUUUAAACUCUGUUUUUGACAUGCAGUACGGUGGUGCAUAAAAAUACAGGAAAGCUUUCUUUCCAGGGUUGUGAUAUUUAAUUGUACAGGUAGUUUAGAGGUAUUGGGUCAUACAUGUUUUGCUUGUGUGUGCAGUGAAAUCUUCCCCUAACUGUGGUACAAACAAACGUUUUAUGUAAAGAAAUGAAUAUAGAGAGGUUUUAAUGAGCUGAAAAGCAUUUGCUGGCAACAAUUGCACUGAUCUGUUAAGCUCAGGACUGUGAAAUAACCUAGAUCCCAAGAAGCCUUAAUUAUAUGGUGCUUCCAAAAGAGAAAGAGAGCUUAACCCGUUAUUAGAGCCAAUCAGGGAAUAAAUCUCAUGGAUGAAACACACAAGAAGUUAACAACAGUUUGCUGUCUUUUUAACUGUUACUUGUCUGAUUUCUGUUUCCUUGGUAAUAUCUGAAUCUAUUUCAAAAUGUUUAACAUACUAUGACAAUGAGUGGUCUAUUGUAAAUUAUCUUACCUUGUUUAAAUAGGUAUCAGCUUUCCACCAACUAAUUAAUUUUUGGGGCUGUUUGAUGAUGUGGUAAUGAGUAAAAGUUCUGAAAAAACACUCCCUUCUUACCACCACCUUCCUUUCUUUCUCUCUUGAAGUCGUAACCUGCCAGGAUCCAGUCCUUUCCCAAAAGUGAAUGACUCUGGUCAAUGGGUAUUGGUCGACUAUGUUUCAUCCACACUGACUGUCCCAGAAAAAUUCUGUCCUGGCUUUGCUUGAUAAUACCAACUGCAAACACGCACAAGCACCCAUGUGCACACUCUGAAGUGAGAGCCAGAAAGUGUUGUGGAAUUCAGGUUCAUAAAUCCCGUUACCCCAUCCCAAAUCCACGGGUACUGAGGUUUUCAGCCAAUCUAACAUCCUUCAGGAAUUUAAAACUGUGACCGAUGCAUUCUGGAUUAUUUGAUACUAGAUCACACUUUACUUUCUGUGCUACUGGGGAAUAAUUUGAAUACAUUUGACUGGGUUGUCAUGUACCUUUUAGGUUUUUAUAGAUUCUAACAUAUACUAACUGCAUAACAGCAACUUUGGAUAUACUUAGUACCACAUGAAGAAAAUAAAUGUAGGUAAAAGUACAAAACAGGAAAAGAAUAGCAGGUAUAACAAUCUUUGAGUUAUUAUGUAUAAACAAUCUUGUCCAUAUCCUGGUGAAUGUCUUUGGGGUAGUUGUGAAUUUCAAAGGCAAAACAUUCUUGCAUAUUACCCUAACAGGUCAAUCUCCUUCAUAUUGCUUUAGCGAAAUGCUUAAUAAGUUCUGUUUUGGUUAUAGAAAAGUUUAAUUAAGGAAUUUACUGUUUUCCUUCUGAUGCAAGCUGGUGAUAGACUGAUGCAGUAUUUAAUUUAGUCCUGGGAUGCUGCAAAACGAGAUAGACUGGUGGCAGAUAGAAAAUGAAAUGUCAAGAUCAGAUGUCAAGACAUAGUUUCAGUGCUUUUGAAUGCGAGGCCCAUUUUGCUACCAAUACUGAUAAAUGCAAUAGUCAGCAGUGUUGGCGAGACAGUGGCACACAAUAAAUGGCUGCAGAAGGUUUGAGGCUAUUUGGCACUAAAGUAUAUAUUGUUUAUUCAGAUCUACACCUUUUACUGAUAUUAUUCUACAAGCAUAAUUAAUUAUUUGUGCUAAAAUAGUUACCUAUUUAAAUUAUUAAAGUAAUGUAAUGUAGUUUGAAGAUUAUUAACCACUAAAGCCAAAUGUACAAAGCAAAAGCUUUUUUUGCUCGUGACAGUUGUCUUGAGAAUGGUUGGCAGUGUGGUACAAACCAUGUUCUGCUCAAGAUAUAGUCAUUCCCACAGAGCCAAAAGAGGGAACUGUCACUUUUCUCUGUAUAAUUCUCAGCUGUUGCCUAUCUGUAUGUAGUGUUUUUGUGGGAAUGGGAAGAGGAAAAUGAGUAAAUGCGCAAGCACGAAAGUAUUUUUUUUUCCAAUUACUAUUGUGUUGUAAUGUUUGAAAUGCAAAUUGCAGGAGACUGAUCUCAAAGAUCCUAUAUCUGGUUUGAGGAGAACUGUUUUGUCACUUUUAUAAAAUAAACAUUGAAAAAAAUUGCAUCAGUCUGUUUUAUG